AUGACUGCACUUCGUCCCAAGAGGAAAGCAGCAGCAAACAAGUCGUAUGAUGAUUCCGUGGAUAUCCUUCUUGAUGAUUAUACUACAUUGACUUCGUCGAGCUCUGCCAAUUCUGGCUCCUCAACUCCUGUUUUGGCAGAACCUAAGAACAAAAGGCAAAAAGUUCGAAAGACAAAGUCGAAUAAGGGCAAUAACAGCAGCAGCAGCAGCAGCAGCAACGGUAACGGCAACGGCAAUGGCAACGGUAGCUGCAACGGCAACGGCAACGGCAAUGGAAACAGCAGUAACGGCAGUAACGGUGGUAUUUCCAACUUGGCAGUACCGCUAAAUUGGCAACCUUUGCCUCGAGCCGAGGACUAUUUUUCAAACAGAUUGAAUUUGAAGAACGCAUAUAUUGACUUGAAAGAGCAGAUCUUGUAUUGCCCCGAGCAUAAAAACGAUACUUGUAAACCUACAAGAAGUAAUAAAAGACAAAGUGAAGUUUUCUCUUUGAAAAAGAAUCAAUGUAUCUACAUGGUUAGUGAACCUCCCGGUGAGCCUUAUUUCAUUGGCCGGAUACGAGGAUUUACAAAUAAAAAGUGCCAUGGAAAGGAAAAGGAAAAUCUUGAUAACCCAAAAAGUGAGAAGUUUGUUAGUGCCGAAGGCUACGACUUUUCGAUUCAGUGGUUCUUCCGACCGCGAGACGUUUCAAGGACUUCUUCUGAUUCAAGAUUGCUAUUUGCCACGAUGGAUUCAGAUACUUGUCCCUUGAGCAGUUUCCGGGGCACUGUUACUGUUGAGUUGAAACAAGAUAUCGAGGAUAGUUAUGUUGCAAAUAGGAGGUUUCAGAAUAGUCGAAUGAAUUCUGUAAAGUCGUCUAAAAAACUGGAAUCUCCGCUGUCCAUUGUUGAGCUUUCGGCAUUGGAGUCAUUCACCAGGCAGCCUAAUUGUUUUUAUUUUGAUAGGCUAUAUGACAGGUAUAUGAUUCGGUAUUAUGACGUUUUGCUGACGAAGAAUCUUUUGCAGUAUGCUCAAAAUGAAGAAAACACAUCCAAAAACUUUUUAAUUGCAUUAAACAAGAGGUUUCAGUAUAUAUUCUGCGAAACCCAGAAAGCUAAGGCUUUGAUAAACUCAUUCAAAGCAAAUACAUGUACUUGUGAUGUUUGUGGCUUAUGGUGCGACGUAGCAGACUCAGUGACAUGUGCUGAGUGUCAAACAUAUUUCCACAUGUCUUGCUUGGAUCCGCCACUAUUGAAAAAGCCCAGCCGAGGAUUUUCAUGGUCUUGUGCAGCAUGUGCAAAGAAACAGGAGAUUGAAUAUCACAGGAAGAAGAUUUUGAUGUUGCUGCAUGAUAAUAAAUCAUCUAAUCAAGAACGUUUGGUAGAGGAGUUACUGGAGCUUCGAGCUCUAGGUGCAGCUGCAUCAAAAGAAGAAGAAGAAGAAGAAGAAGAAGAAGAAGAAGAAGAAGAAGAAGAUAAAGGAUUUGGCCGCAACGACGCUGUUGUUGAUGCUGCAGCUGCUGUCCAUGCUUUUUUGCCCAAUUACGAGGUAAUGGCAAUUGAGUUUUUGGAAAAGGACAAGGCUCUUUCAAUAGAUGAAAGAAGAGUGAAAGAAGAAUGGUGCAUGCGAUAUUUAGGCCUCAAUGCAAAGUUAGAAGAGGCAGUGGAUUUGGAAGAUAAAUCACCAUAUCCUAGAGCAUCCACGCGAAUUGGAGCUAGACAUCAAGCAGUAUAUAUCCCAGAGUGUAAUGGACACCCCUUGGUAUAUUACGAUGUUGAAAAACUGCCGAAAAAGAAAAGUGCGAAUAAUAAAUCAAAAAGCAAAACAAAAAGCGAGGAAGUGGAGAAGUUAGAGGUUCCAACUGAAUUUAAGGACAUUAAUCCUUCAGAGUACCCUCUGUGGCUACAACCUCGGCCAAAAGGGUACGUGGAGAGAGGUGUUGAUGACGGGAACGAGAGCAAUGACACGUGUUGUUUACUUUGGAAAACACCAGAUGAAGAUAUAAAGGAUAACUUUGAACAAUUGGAUGCGUAUGUCGAAAAGUGCAAGUGCGUAGCGGAAUCACUUGGCUUAUCUCCUAACUCACCAAACUUUGUUGAUGCGAUAUUACGUGCAUAUUUGGAAUGUGGUAGAGAUGUGGAACUGGCCUAUGCACAGGUUUCAAAACUCACCAAAAAAAAGCUCAAGGAGCCUGUUUUCAACAAAGAAGAGGUACGAAGAUUUGAAGCUGGUGUAAAGGAGUUUGGAAGUGAAUUGUAUCAUGUUCAAAAAAGAGUCAGGACACAAUCAAUGAGUCAAGUUGUUAGAUUUUAUUAUCUUUGGAAAAAAACCGCAAAUGGUAGGAAAAUUUGGGGGAACUUUGAAGGUAGGGCACAUAAAAAAGUACAGAAUUUAGUAAAAGAAGAAACAGAGAAAGCCUCAAAGCCUCAAAUGAUUAUUGAUGAUUUGGCAAAUCCGAAUGAUGAUUCUUCAUACGACAAUGAGAAAGCUGUUUCCAGACAGACGGAUUUUGUUUGUAAACACUGCUCCACUUACGAGUCAUUGCAAUGGUUCAGAAUCACGGGACAUGAUGCAAAAGAGUUGCUUGACGAUUCAUUGGUUGUUGCAUUAUGUUUUCGGUGUGCCAAACUAUGGAGAAGGUACGCUGUAACGUGGGUCAACCCAAACGAAGUACUCAAAAAUUCAAGCAAGUCUAGUAGUUCUAGAAAGAGAGUAGAAUGGGAACUCUUGGAGGAUGCAAAUGCAAUUUUGGAGUAUUAUGAGACUAAUGGUAAUGCGAAAAUUACCUCAGGAAAAGAAUCUACAAACAAAGCUUCAAGAUCAACUCCAGAUAUUGUUGGCAUUAAAGUUGAAGAUAAGUCAACGCAAAAGAGUGCGGCUACUGCUACCAAAGCAACAGCGACAGCAGCGGCACGGUCGAAUACUGCAUCGUUGAUCAUGAUGACGCCUGUAGAUCUGGCAGCGGUAAAGAUCGAGUCUGGUGUCUCGGUACCUCGACCUCUAUACUCACUUUCAACAGCAUCUAUUGAUGAAGUUAUUGGUAAAAGACUAGGUAAACAUAUACAAGCAAUGUUAUUUAAUAGCAAUUGUGAAGCUCCUCGUUUAUACAAAUUUGGAAAGUAUUUAAAUGUUGAAGAGCCUAUUUCGAACUUUGUUGAGUUUGUUGAAAAGUCUAGAAUAACCCAACUAUGUGAUCUUGAGUCUUUGUUUAAUGGCUUCAAUACAUCUACCGUGACGGAUAUCGAGGUACCUUUUCUGCCUCAUGAAAGAAAGUGCUGUGUAUGCAGAGAGCACGAUACUAACAAAGAAUCUGUUCAAGAAAUGUUGAUUUGCUCUUAUUGUGGAGUGAAUGUUCAUGCUUCAUGUGCUGGCUAUCCUUUACCUGAAAAGGCCACAACAACAACAACAACAACAACAACAACAACAGCAUCAUCAUCAUCAUCAUCACCAUCAUCAAAUAUUACCACUAAUACUAAUACUACUACUACAGCAACAACGUUGUCAUCAACUACUACAACAGCUACAACAACAACAAAUCCAAUAAAAGAGUGGCUUUGUGAACCAUGUGUUAACGACAUGAAGCCAAUAAAUACUGCUAGCUACUCGUGCUCUUUAUGUUUUGGGCGUGAAACGAACUUUGAAUUAUCAAUUCUCGGAUCGCAUCAUGUGAGACCCGAUUUUUUGAAAUCAACAGAAGAUGGCAAUUGGUGUCAUAUCUUGUGUGCUAUAUUCAAUGGCGGCGUAUCGGUUUUCCAAAAGAAUCGACGUGAAAAUAGAUGGAAUGAGUUGUCGCUAGUGGAUGUGUCCAAGAUAUAUUUGCGUAAUUGGCAAAAGAAAUGUUCAAUUUGUGAGUCAUAUAAUGGGGCUAUGAUAGAAUGCAAUUUGUGUGUAUCAGGUAACUAUUACCAUCCAACGUGUGCUCAGGACACGCCGAAUUAUAAGUUAGGGUUUAAAUUGGAGCAUGGCACCAAGCACUCGCAACUUGUGAAUGUCGAUGGUAAAGUGGGUAAAUUGAAACCAAUCUUGGUUUGUCCCAUGCAUGAUCAAUCGAGGGAAACAAUCAUGAGUUUAAGGACAUUGGGUAAAAGAGUAAGCGGAAGAGAUGCCGAUAUGAAGCCCAUUGUUCAAUUGUAUCUUGAGGACGAAACAAAGAACAAUAAACCCAAAGUAGGUGGGCCUCACGCAAAAUCUCGAAAUUAUAUCGAGAGCAGGAAUAUCUUUUUCAAUAAUUCAUAUGUGUCUGCUGCCACUGCUGCUGCUGCCGCUGCUGCCGCUGCAUCAUCAUCGUUAUCAUCAUCAUCAUCAUCGUCAUCAUCGUCAUUAUCAUCAUCAAUAACCAAUGACGCUGUACGCUAUUGUGAAAAAUGUAGCACGCGCAGUUCUCCGAAAUGGUGGCCCACAAUAGGAUCAAAAUCUAUAUGUCAGUCCUGUUAUCAUUCAACAGAUACGGAACUAUUAUCUACCAAAAAAGAAGGAACGUCACUUCGAGCACUUUUGGAAAUGCCGUUGGACGGUAGCAACUACGGUAUAGCGAACCCGUCGGAUCUAAUUUCAAGUAUCUACAAAAAGCAUGUAAUAAAGGACGUUCCUGUUUCAGCUUCAAUUGAAACUGUACGAUCAAAAAUAUCAUUAGGCGAUAUUCUUAGUUAG